UAUUAAUGGUAGGGCUAAAACAGUGUCUCAAAAACAGCAUGAGAACGACAGAACUUGACAACUAAUUACAUUUUUUAUGGGACUCCUUCUUGAAGACCAACGUUACAAUAUAUACAUAAUAAACAAGGCAAGGUAAGACCUCUCUCAGAACGGUCACUAACGUUAAUUUAUCAUGGAAAAGACACUUUGACUAGAAUGGUAACGCGUUAGCUGGCUAGCUAUCAGUCCAGUUAGCUUAAUUUUAUUGUCAUGACAUGACUUCAUUAGCAAAUAUCCUGUAAUUUUUAGGGUAGGCCUAUACAUUGAAGACUUCGAGAGAUCAAGUUGUCGUGAUCAAUUGCAGUUACAUAUAAACAGUUAGCUAUCUACCCAAAUUACAUCAGACUGUGAUAGCAAGCUAUCCUGAGGCAUGUCCACACUCGAACCGUAGAGGUUAACAGUUAGCGAAUCAGUAUAUUUAUCGAUAUAAGACUAACUGUUUGUCUGAAAAGUUUUUUUGUUUUCCUAUAAUUCAAUUAGCUAUCAUUCAGAUGUCAUUGUACAUACAGUGCAUUCGGAAAGUAUUCAGACCCCUUGACUUUUUCCACAUUUUGUUACGGUACAGCGUUAUUCUAAAAUUGAUUAAAUUGUUUAUUUUUUUCUCAUCAAUCUACACACAACACCCCAUAAUGACAAAGCGAAAACAGGUUUUUUUAAGACAUUUUUGCUUAAAAAAACAACAACAAAAAACGGAAAUAUUACAUUUACAUAAAUAUUCAGACGCUUCACUCAGUACUUUGUUGAAGCACCUUUGCCAGCGAUUACAGCCUCUAGUCUUGGGUAUGACGCUACAAGUUUGGCACGCCUGUAUUUGGGGAGUUUCUCCCAUUCUUCUCUGCAAAUGCUCUCAACCUCUGUCAGGUUGGAUGGGGAGCGUCGCUGCACAGCUAUUUUCAGGUCUCUCCAGAGAUGUUCGAUCGGGUUAAUGUCCAGGCUCUGGCUGGGCCACUCAAGGACAUUCAGAGACUUGUCCCAAAGCCCUUCCUGCGUUGUCUUGGCUAUGUGUUUAGGGUCGUUGUCCUGUUGGAAGGUGAACCUUUGCCCCAGUCUGAGGUCCUGAGCGCUCUGGAGCAGGUUUUCAUCAAGCAUUUCUCUGUACUUUGCAUCCCCACAGCAUGAUGCUGCCACCACCAUGCUUCACCGUAGGUAUGGUGACAGUGGCAUUCAGGCCAACGAGUUCAACCUUGGUUUCAUCAGACCAGAGAAUCUUGUUUCUCAUGGUCUGAGAGUCUUUAGGUUCCUUUUGGCAAACUCCAAGCGGGCUGUCAUGUGCCUUUUACUGAGUGGCUUCCAUCUGUCCACUCUACCAUAAAGGCCUGAUUGGUAGAGUGCUGCAGAGAUGGUUGUCCUUCUGGAAGGUUUCCCAUCUCCACAGAGGAACUCUAGAGCUCUGUCAGUGACCAUCAGGUUUUUGGUCACUUCCCUGACCAAGGCCCUUCACCCCCGAUUGCUCAGUUUGGCCAGGCGGACAGCUCUCGGAAGAGUCUUGGUGGUUCCAAACUUUUUCCAUUUAAGAAUGAUGGUGGCCACUGUGUUCGUAGGUACCUUCUAUGCUGCAGACAUUUUUUGGUACCCCUCCCCAGAUCUGUGACUCAACACAAUCCUGUCUCGGAGCUCAAUGGACAAUUCCUUCGACCUCAUGGCUUGGGUUUUGCUCUGACAUGCACUGUCAACUGUGGGACCUUAUAUAGACAGGUGUGUGCCUUUGCAAAUCAUGUCCAAUCAAUUGAAUUUACCACAGGUGGACUCUAAUCAAGUUGUAGAAACAUCUCAAGGAUGAUCAAUGGAAAAAGGAUGCACCUAAGCUCAAUUUUGAGUCUCAUAGCAAAGGGUCUGAAUACUUAUGUAAAUAAGGUAUUUCAGUUUUCGCUUUGUCAUUAUGGGGUAUUGUGUGUAGAUUGAGGGAAAAAAUGUAUUUAAUCAAUUUUAGAAUAAGGCUGUAAUGUAACAAAAUGUGGAAAAAGUCAAGUGGUCUGAAUACUUUCGGAAUGCGCUGUAUGUCGUAUUGUCCUGACCUACAGCAGUCUCAGCUGAUAACAAAGUCAAGGAACAUCACUUCUCUUGUUAUUGCUCAUAUCAUAGGUUCAUCAAGCCAUCCCCACUAUGGACCCACUUAGGAGAACAGCCGUGCAAGAGGACAUGGUCCAGUACUAUCUCUUCUUGGUUCAGCCCAACCUCUCAGACACACAGGCUGACGAACUGUGUCUGCAACACCUAGUGGAGGAGAUUUUGGCCAAGGUUGCCCCUCUCCUUAUGCAGUAUAUCUGGCAACAGCAGCCAUUCAACCUCAAGUACCACACUGAGAAAGGUACAGUACUGGUCCUGAUCUGGAUACAUUUACAUUACAUUUGACAUUUUAGUCAUUUAGCAGAUGCUCUUAUCCAGAGCGACUUACAGGAGCAAUUAGGGUUAAGUGCCUUGCUCAAGGGCACAUUAACGUCAUUUAGCAGACGCUCUUAGCCAGAGCGACUCACAAAUUGGUGCGUUCACCCUAUAGCCAGUGGGAUAACCACUUUACAAUUUGGGGGGGGGGGGGGGGGGGGGGGGUUAGAAGGAAUACUUUAUCCUAUCCCAGGUAUUCCUUAAAGAGGUGGGGUUUCAAAUGUCUCCGGAAGGUGGUGAGUGACUCCGCUGUCCUGGCGUCGUGAGGGAGCUUGUUCCACCAUUGGGGUGCCAGAGCAGCGAACAGUUUUGACUGGGCUGAGCGGGAGCUAUGCUUCCGCAGAGGAAGGGGAGCCAGCAGGCCAGAGGUGGAUGAACGCAAUGCCCUCGUUUGGGUGUAGGGACUGAUCAGAGCCUGAAGGUACAGAGGUGCUGUUCCCCUCACUGCUCCAUAGGCAAGCACCAUGGUCUUGUAGCGGAUGCGAGCUUCAACUGGAAGCCAGUGGAGUGUGCGGAGGAGGGGGGUGACGUGAGAGAACUUGGGAAGGUUGAACACCAGACUGGCUGCGGCAUUCUGGAUGAGUUGUAGGGGUUUAAUGGCACAGGCAGGGAGGCCAGCCAACAGCGAGUUGCAGUAGUCCAGACGGGAGAUGACAAGUGCCUGGACCAGGACCUGCGCCGCUUCCUGUGUAAGGCAGGGUCGCACUCUCCGAAUGUUGUAGAGCAUGAACCUGCAGGAGCGGGUCACCGCCUUGAUGUUGGCGGAGAACGACAGGGUGUUGUCCAGGGUCACGCCUAGGCUCUUCGCACUCUGGGAGGAGGACACAGCGGAGUUGUCAACCGUGAUGGCGAGAUCAUGGAACGGGCAGUCCUUCCCCGGGAGGAAGAGCAGCUCCGUCUUGCCUGUGUUCCACUCUACCUGGCAGCAGACUGUUCUUUGAGGAUUGAAGUAUUUGUUAUAUGAAUGCAUUUCAAGCUUUGACUGAUUGAAUGGUGAUGUCUUGAUUGUACCUGCAGGGGGAGUUCCUGCACACAUUGGAGGUAGCACUGUCUUUGGGGACAGUGUGGAAGAUGAGUGGUUCAUCGUAUACCUCCUCCUCCAAAUCACACAAGCCUUCCCUGAACUUGCUGCCAGGUAGAGUGGAACACAGUCUGUAAAGCCCUGUAAUACUUCCAGUUGGUUUCAAUUCUUCUUUUGUGUGUUCUUUCCUACUGAUAUUUACUUUAACUUGAAACAGGUUAGAGGACAAUGAUGGGGAGUUCCUUCUGAUUGAAGCAGCAGACUAUCUUCCCAAGUGGUUGAAUCCAGAGAGCAGUGAAAACAGAGUAAGAUAUCUACGUGUGAUGAUGACUACAAUCUGUUUAUCACUCUGUCUGUACAUCGCUUCACAUACCUGAUUAUCCCUUGGUUUGUUGUCUCUGUAGGCGCACAUCAGGUCUCACUCACGCAGGUCUCUCUCUCUGUAGGUCUCUCACUCAAUCUGUGUGUUUCUCUCCCCCUGGUUCUGGUCGGCUAGGUGUUCCUCCACAGAGGUGAGCUGUACAUCCUGCCCUGUCCCUCCCGCUCUAGCGAUGUUGGCCUGCCCAGGGACGUGGUGCCCAGUGUGACCCAGGCUCUGGCACUGCUCUCAUCCCACACACAGGCCUGUCUAGCCAGCCCCAAGAUCCGCACUGCCCUGAGGAAAAGACUGGAGGGGUGAGUGAAGCAGCAGAAACAACACUAUGACUUGAAGUGAUUGUAAGGUAUCUGUUUAAGGGUCGAUUUGGGCCUUAUGAUUGCUCAGAAAUACAUAUUUACGGGUAUAUAGAUUUGUGUAGGUCAAGCCACAAAUUCAAGCCUACUGUCAUAAUGACCAUGAGUGGGUGUAUCUGUCUUCACAGAUAUCCAGAGAAGAUCCAGGCAAACCUUCACCAUGCUCACUGCUUCCUGCCCGCGGGCAUCGCUACAGUGUUGGCACAGCGACCAGACCUGGUUGCCCCGGCAGUGUCAGCUUUCUACCUGAGGGACCCAGUAGAUCUCCAGGCCUGUCGGACAUUCCAGACCUUUUCCGCCGACACACGAGUCCUAACCUCGGUACACACAAGUUGCCUUUGACUGGUUGACGGGUGUAUGCAUUGUAGAGUUGUCACGAGACCAGAUUUUAUUUGGCAAAAAAGAACACGACGCAGACUAAACUCUAUGGUCCUUUAAAACCUACUUUUGUAAAAUAUUAUGUGCUAUAGUUUGCAAAAUAAACAUGUGACUCUGGGUGAAAACACGAGGCUGUUUUUUCCAACAGUAGGACUGUUUUCCUCAAGAAAUGAAGUCUACUUCAUGUUUUGUUUCCUUUGCUUCCUUACUUCCUAGUAUCGUGAUACUGGUAUCAUGACAACACUAAUGCAUUGUGUGUUAUGCAGUUUAGUUUUGUUUUGGUAUGUUAGUGCUAUAUUUACAUGUUGUCUAUAUGUAUUUCCAGGUGACGUUCACCCGUUGCCUGUACGCCCAAUUGCUGCAGCAGCAUUUCACCCCCGACCGGAGGAGUGGGUUCACCCUGCCUGCCCGGUCCCACCCCCUGUACCGUGCCCACGAGCUGGGCAUGAAACUGGUGAGUUCACCCCCACCCACUAACAUUUAUCUAUAUUGACAAUUCUCAUAGACUUCUUGGGAUAAUUAUUUAUUGUAUAGUUCUGUUAGUUAUUCUUGUCUCUGACCCUCCCAGGCCCAUGGCUUUGAAAUCCUGUGCUCCAAAUGCAGACAGCCAUCAUCUGUGCCUGAUGCUCCCAUCAGCUGUAACCCCUUGUGGAAAGGAUUCCUGAACAGUCUGAAGAAGAAUGGUUAUUUCAGAGUGAGUCAUUACUCUGCCUCUGACAAAGGGUGAAUGGCUCAAGGCUUGCAGUGUCUACUUUGCUUGCACAUAUUUGGUCAAUUUAAUAUGUUGAUAGAUAUUUUAUGUAUGUCACAUUUAAUGUAAUAUUUAUUUUAUACGAUAUAAAAUUUAGCAGACACUGUAGCUCAUCGGUUUUGUACCAAUGACUUGAGUAGCACUUGCUGUAGCCUAAUGGUUAUUAAACAGCUUUAAUCUUGACAGCAUGGAUAAUUGCUUCUCUGAUGGUUAACCCAGUGAACUGAUUACACAUGUUCAAGAGUAUCGAUUUUUCUAUUAUUGGUUAGCAACAGAGACAAAAAAUAUAAACAAUCUUGCAAACAAAAGUCAAUAAUUAUUUUAUAAUGGUUUAGAUUGCGAGACUGCUAAUCUCUGUUGCUAGCUAACCAGUAAGAAAAAAAAGAACUCCUGAACAGUAAUAUUUCCUAGAUUACUCAUAACAGCCCUCUAUUUCACGUUUCAGUGAGGAUAGCAGUGUUGUGCUGUCAGCAUUGCAAUUGUCAGUGAUUCAUAGCGUUAUCCCCUUUGGUGACAUAGUAUUAUUGUAAUUGUGGUUGUUGUCUGUGGCAGGGGGAGCUGGAGGGCUCUGCACAUUACAGAAAACUGAUGACCUCAGCAGAGAACUUCUUUAAGCAGUCAAUCACCCCAACACACAGGUGAGUGCUCUCAGCUUCACUGUAGGAACACUGGUGUGUCAGUACGUGUGCCCGCAUAUGUGUGUUCACUGUGGUAUUGUCAAUGGCGUGGUUUUAGAGGCCCUCCUCUUUGCCGUAGAGACAAAUGUUGCUGUUUUUAAAGCUAAUUUCAUGCAAUUCUACACAUUUUACCAUGGGGCAGAGAGAGAAAUGUCAGUUUCAAAGAUCAUUUAUUGCAAUUCUACACAUUUUGUCAUGGGGCUGAGAUAAUUUUCAGUUGUAAAGCUAAUUUCCUACAAUUGUGCAGAUUUUGACAUGGCUUAUGCCUUGUUCUUAUGCUAUCUGAGUAACUCAAACAUUAUAACAAAAUGCCAUGACAUUUUGGGAAUUUCAGAUUCUCCCUGACUGUCUAGUUUUUAUUUUGAUGAUUGAUUGUUAGUUCUCAAAGAGGAUCUUAUUGAAAUAUUUUUCUCUUAUCUUUUCUACAUACUUUAUAUCUGGUUUUAGUUAUUUAAGUUUACACUGAAAAUGUUUUAGCAAUGCGCCACUGCUAAAUGCAUAUAGGUGAAACACUGUGUGAAUACACUAUCCUGUGUGUGUGUUUGUAGCUCAGGUGGCAGGGCCCCAGGUGAGGAGGUCCUUCAGCUGCUACAGAGCUGUGCUCCCUACAACCUGGAUGAGCUGAGUAAACGGGAGGCCCAUCUACCUCCAGAGGAUAGUGAGUACAACCCCUCACUUUACUAUAGUACAACAGUCAGUCUUGUACCAGCUCAGGUGCAUUGAGUGAAGUUCCUUUUUAUUUUAUCUCACUCACCGAAAUGAUAUGUUCACACCACAAAGUAGCAUGCUGGCUUUCAUGUUAGAUAAAACCACACAGUCAUAAGGACUGCUGAUUUAGAGGAAGGGUUCAGCCUGUACUGAACAUACUCAUGUAGUAAACUGGGCAAAUAAGCUGUUUCCAUAAAGAUGAGCUCAUGAAGGUUGAUGAAAACACUGAUUUUCUCUUUCAUCUUUACCCCAUCUCCAGGUGAAAGUUGGCUGGAUAUUUCAGCCCAGGAGCUGGAGCAUCUGUUGGAGGAAAGAGUGGGGAGUGGAGUGGGGUUGGGUGGCUCAAAGCCCAGCCUGAGCAAACAUACGCAGGGGGGAAGGAGUGAGAAAGAGGCUAAUGAGAAAGAGGAGGAGGGGGAGGAGGAGGAGGAGGGCAGCUACAGCCUAGUGGCUGUGACCCAGGGCAUGAAGAACUUCAUCAACGCCAUGUCUUCACACGAGGGGGCUGAACUACCCUGGUGA